CGUCAGUAACGUAUCACCGCACGGCUCCCAACCCUAUAAAUACCUCCACUUGUGCAUCAUUUAACUCCAAAGCAAGAGCAUACUGAAACCAAACCGAAGCAAAAUGGCCAUCAUGUCUGCUCAACUUAUCUUUUCCCUCACCCUAGCCUUCCUCGUCUCCGGUGCUCACUUAGCAACAGUGUCCAUCACAAACAAUUGCCCAUAUACCGUUUGGCCUGGGACUCUUGCCAACGCUAACCAGCCUCAAUUAGCAGAAACGGGAUUUGAGUUACCCUCCAAAGGAACAAAGACCCUCAACAUCCCGGCUCGAUGGCAAGGCCGUUUCUGGGCCCGAACCCAGUGCUCUGGCAGCUUCACUUGCGCCACUGCAGACUGCGGCUCAGGCCAAGUCGCAUGCAAUGGUAAAAGCGCAGUCCCACCGGCAUCACUGAUGGAAAUAACGUUCCAGUCAGACGACGGACAGGAUUACUACAAUCUUAGUCUGGUGGAUGGUUUUAACAUUCCUCUUGCAGUUGCCCCACAAAAUGGCGCUGGGCCGAAAUGUGUCACAGCUUCCUGCUCAGCCAAUGUGAACGCGGCUUGCCCAGCGGAGCUGCAAUUGAAAGGAAGCGAUGGGAGUGUGAUUGGUUGCAAGAGCGCAUGUGAACAAUUUAAAGACCCGAAAUACUGCUGCACUGGAGCUUAUGCAGAAAAUUGCCCGCCGACCAACUACGCUACCUUUUUCAAGAACCAAUGCCCCCAAGCUUAUAGUUAUCCUAAAGAUGACGCGAGUAGCGUUUUUGCUUGCACUUCUGGAGCUAACUACGCCAUUACUUUCUGCCCAUGAGGAUGAGGGAGACCCUGAAACUCCUUGAUAUUAUAUACUAGAAAACUUAUGUACGACAAAAUAAAACUCAGUGCUGUUCUGGACUAUCCGGAUAAUUUUCUUUCGAGAAUUAUUGUUAUAUGUAAUAACUGAGGAAGAAAUAAUAAAUAAUUCUCAUUAUACUUUA